GAUGACCUACCACAAACGGACUUAUCAAUUCGAAAAGUUGGGGCGUAUGGUUUGCAGAGGCUGGGUAUUACGGGACUUGUAUCUAGUGUGGAAGGUUGGGGAGUUUGGACUUAUCAACGAGCAGCUUUGCUAUUUGCUAUUUCGAUACGAGUGGACACCGGACGAUGAGGCUCUUGACGAUCAGAAUGAAUAUGGGACAGCCAUUGACAGAAUGGAAGGGAUCUCCGGGAACACAUGAUAUCACAUGGGAGGCAAGAAGAGUCAGGCUGUACGAUUAACGGGAUUUAUGUAUGGUUCAUUGAUUUUGCUUUUUUUUUAAUUUACUGC